AUGUCUACUACCGAAGUUGAAAAUAUCACUAGCCAAGUUGAAAAUAUGGAUAUUCAAGAAAAGACCCCAAUUGAUCCAGAAACCACUAUUUUCAUUGGAAACGUGGCUCAUGAAUGUACUGAAGAUGAUUUGAAAAAAAUCUUCCAAGGGGAAUUCGGUGACGUGGAAGUUGAUAUGCCAAAGAAAGAAAACAGAGAAGGUCAUAUUCCUGCCAGUAAGCAUGCCUUUGUCAUAUUCCCACAAAAGAUUGAUUUCGUAGCCAUCAAGGAAAAAUACGAUUUAACUAGUAUUAACGAUAGAGAAAUUCAUAUCAAGAGAGCAAAGACUCCAUCUACAUUACGUGCUCUGGCAGAAAGAAGAUACGGCGGUAGAGGUAAUUUCCGUGGUAGACAAGUCGGUAGCAGGGGUAACUUCCGUGGUUCGAGAGGCGGUUUCCGCGGUGGUAGAGGUGGUUUCAGAGGUGGUUUCCAAAGCAGCCAAAGAAGAGAAAAAGUUCCAUUGGAUCAAAUGGAAAAAUCUAAGGACACCAUCUACGUCAAUAAUGUCCCAUUUGAUUCUACCAAAGAACAAUUGGCCGAAUUCUUCGGUGUUUCUGUGGAGUCCGUCGUCUUACCAAUGAGAAGAUUAAGAAAUUUCAGAACUGGUAGAAGUUUCCCAUCUGAUAGACACAACAGAGGUAUCGCUUUUAUCACAUUUGAGGAAUUCACUGGUGAUAUCGUGGCCAAGGCUGAAGAAUUGAAUGGUAAGAAAUUAGGUGAAAGAGCUUUGGUCGUUGAUGUUGCAGCUGUCAAGCCUGAACAUGAAGAAGCUGAAGAAUCCGAAGAUGAAACUCAUGCAGAAUAA